AAAAAAAAAAACUUUUUUUUAAAAAUUAAACAAAUGUCUUCCGUUAUCCUUAAGCUCAACACCAACGCCGAUAUCCCUGCCCUUGGUCUCGGUACUUGGCAAUCAAAGCCUUCCGAAGUAUAUGAUGCUGUUUUGACUGCUUUGAAGAGCGGUUAUAAGCACAUUGAUGCUGCCUAUAUCUACGGUAACGAAAAGGAAGUUGGUCAAGCUAUUAAGGACUCUGGUGUUCCUCGUUCUGAACUCUUCAUUACUACCAAGUUAUGGAACACCAGCCAUCGUCCUGAAGAUGUCGAAGCUGCCCUUGAAAAGUCUCUUGAGCUUUUAGGUUUAGACUAUGUUGAUUUAUACUUGAUGCACUGGCCUGUUGCUUUCCAAGCUGGCGAGGACAAUGCCCCCAAGGAUGCUGAGGGUAAGCUUCUUUUGGAUAACACUGAUAUCACCGAGACCUAUGCUGCUAUGGAAAAGUUGAGCAAGGAAAAGACUCGUGCUAUUGGUGUCUCAAACUUUAACAUUGCCAACCUCGAAAAGUUAGCAAAGACACAAAAGAUUGUCCCUGCUGCUAAUCAAGUUGAAUUACAUCCCUACUUGCCUCAAGAUGAAUUGAUCAAAUAUUGUAAGGAUCAUGGUAUCUUGGUCACUGCCUAUUCACCUCUCGGUAGUACCAACUCUCCCUUUUUGAAUGAUGCUUCAGUCGCCAAGAUUGCUGAAAAGCACAACAACACAACCGCUUCUGUCCUUAUCUCUUGGGGAAUUAAGCGCGGGUAUGCUGUUAUUCCCAAGUCUGUCACACCUUCUCGUAUUAUCUCUAACUUCAAGACUGUUGAACUUGAUGAUGAGGACUUCGAGACUUUAAACAAGCUCGUGCAUGCCGAAAAGGCCCAAAGAUUGGUUGAUCCUUUCAACUUUUGGGGUGUUGACGUAUUUGGAGAACAUAAUUAAAAAAAAAAUAGACCUCAAGCGAUGAACAUUGUACAACGCUACAACUAAUGUCCCCCCUCCUUUUACAUAAAAACCAUUCCCAAUCUCCUUUUUAAUAAAAACUCAGUCUACAGU